GCGCCCAUUUCCAUUUUACUCUCGUUGUUCCGCUAACGGCUGGCACCGUAAAUCGGCUUUCCUCGCCAUGGCGGACAUGGAGGAGUUGUUCGGAAGCGACGCCGAUACUGAGCCAGAGCAGAAAGAUUCUGAUUCAGGGUCUGAUUCAUACUCUGAUCAGGAAAACGCAGGCUCCGCUAGUAACAUUUCUGGCAGCGAGAGCGACAGAGAUGAUGAGAGAGAGGCCAUAAAGCCUAGUAACAAAGAACUGUUUGGUGAAGACAGCGAAGACGAUGCUGUUUCUCACCACAGCGGGAGCGACAAUCGGUCUGAGAGGUCCUACAAUCGCUCCGAGGUCUCGGGGCAUUCUGACCGGGACGAUAACGACCAGUCAGAUAUUGAACAACAUAGUGGCUCAGAGAUCGCUCGGGAUGAAGAUGAGGAUGAGGAUCACAGGUCAGAUGAAGGAAGCCAUCACUCUGAAGUGGAAGGCUCCGAGAAAGCCCACUCAGAGGAUGAGAAGUGGGGGAGGGACGACAAAAGCGAUCAGUCGGAUGACGACGAGAAGCUCCAGAACUCAGAUGAUGAGGAAAGGCCACAGAAUUCAGAUGAUGAAGACAAGAUGCAGAAUUCAGAUGAUGAGGAGCAUCCUCAGAUCUCUGAUAAGGAACAGCUGCAGAACUCAGACGAGGAGAAAAUGCACAACUCGGACGAUGAAGACCAGCCGCAGGUCUCGGACGAGGAGAAGCUCCAGCAUUCGGACGAGGAUGAAAGGCCACGGAAUUCCGACGAAGAAAACUUGCAGAACUCAGACGACGAUGACGAAAGGCCGCAACAUUCUGAUGAGGAGAAGAUGCAGAAUUCGGACGAUGAAAGGCCCCCGCACUCGGAUGAUGAAGAGCACAGGCUCUCCGAUGAUGAAGAGCAAGAGCAUAAAUCUGAGUCCGCCAGAGGCAGUGACAGCGAUGACGAAAUUCUACAGGUGAAGCGUAAGAAACAAGUUGCAUCAGAUUCUGAAAUGGAUAGCGAUGCAGAAGGGCAGAAAGGUAACAGGGAUGCAAUGGAUCUGUUUGGAGGUGCAGAUGAUAUAUCUUCGGGAAGUGAUGGAGAAGACAAGCCGCCAACUCCAGGGCAGCCUAUUGAUGAGAAUGGGUUGAAUGAAGAUCAGCAGGAGGAAGAACCUGUUCCCGAGACGCGAAUAGAAGUGGAAAUUCCAAAAGUAAACACUGACUUAGGAAAUGACUUGUAUUUCGUGAAGCUUCCCAACUUUCUCAGCGUGGAACCCAGACCAUUUGAUCCCCAGUAUUAUGAGGAUGAAUUUGAAGAUGAGGAGAUGCUUGAUGAAGAAGGGAGAACAAGGUUAAAACUGAAGGUGGAGAACACUAUACGUUGGCGAACGCGCCGAGACGACGAAGGAAACGAGAUUCGAGAGAGCAAUGCACGGAUCGUCAAAUGGUCUGACGGGAGCAUGUCGCUCCAUCUGGGGAAUGAAGUGUUCGACGUCUAUAAAGCACCAUUGCAGGGAGAUCACAACCAUCUCUUCAUCAGACAAGGGACGGGUCUUCAGGGGCAGGCAGUAUUCAAGACAAAAUUAACCUUCAGGCCUCACUCAACAGACAGCGCCACCCACAGGAAGAUGACCCUGUCACUGGCGGACAGGUGUUCAAAGACACAAAAGAUCCGCAUUCUGCCCAUGGCUGGCCGCGAUCCAGAGUCCCAGCGCACAGAAAUGAUUAAGAAAGAGGAGGAGAGGCUGAGAGCAUCAAUCCGCAGAGAGUCCCAGCAGAGGAGGAUGCGGGAGAAGCAGCACCAGCGGGGGCUGAGCGCCAGCUACUUGGAGCCUGAUCGCUAUGAUGAAGAAGACGAAGGCGAAGAGGCCAUUAGCUUGGCAGCAAUCAAAAACCGGUACAAAGGGGGAAUCAGAGAGGAGCGUGCUCGGAUCUAUUCUUCAGACAGCGAUGAGGGGUCAGAUGAAGAUAAAGCCCAGAGGUUACUUAAGGCAAAGAAACUCAGCAGUGAUGAGGAAGGUGAGCCGUCCGGCAAAAGGAAGGCGGAAGAUGAUGACAAGGCGAGCAAGAAGCAUAAGAAGUAUGUGAUCAGCGAUGAGGAAGACGAGGACGAGGAGGCAUAGCACGCACAACAAACCUACAAGUUGAUGAUAGAACUUUAUAUAUAGGCUGUACAGUUUGGGGGCAACUCAGAUGUAAGUAAAUCCUAAAAGGAUUUUUGUUUUGAGACCAAGGAUACAUGCUUCAGCAUCUGUAAUCCAUGAAUAAAGACUUUUAGUGGUCCUUUUUUUUUUAAAAAAAAGACACUUUAAUUUGAACUUGUUGCUGGGCAGGAAGAUGUCCCAGUUAUUAGGCCUUGUACGUUGGCGUGAGCAUCCUGCUAACUUAAUACCGAUCGCUAACGUUGUAAUUCUAAGUGAAGUUGCGCCCCUUCUAAGUCCAUUCAAGUCAACAGGCCUAGAAGGGUGCAGUUCUCUUUAAGAAGGCACUGCAAUUCGUAUAAGGCCUGAACUACACGGCAGCAGCGUCCCUCCUUUGUCAUGUUUAGGGUGCUAUGUGUCAUGACAUCAUCAUGCUACAAGUUUUACCCCCCCCCCCCAAAAGAAAAAAAUCCAAGAUAGCUAACAUGGAAGACUUGCGUGCAAACGGGUGAAAGCAGACCUGUGUGAAGGGAGUCUUGCUGUAUCUUAGGUUCUUUCCCUAUUAAAUUACAGUGAUGUGAUAAAUUCUGCU